UCUGAACCAGGAAGCACUUGUGUAUCCUUUAGCUAACUAGCUAGCCGUGGAUAGCACAGAGUGAAACUGUCUGACAGUAAAGUUUGUUUCAGUUUGAUUCAUGCUACGUUUUUGCCUGUAAGACAUAUGCCAGGUGAACGUCGUGAUUAGCAGACAGUCGUGUCGCUUACAGGAAAGAAGGGCACGUUGUAUGCGAUGAAAAUGAUUUUCUUACCACUGUGUGAUAGGCAAUGAUAGGCUUGACAAAUUAUGCGGGGGUUAUGGAAAGUCUAAUGAAUUCUGCUGAAGAGAAGCAGCCCUCCUCUCCACUGACCAACUCAUGGGCCAAAAAACAGGAAUCAAGCAAGAGUCAAAAGCCAAAUGGCGUUGGUGGCUUUGUUUUAGUGCAUGCAGGUGCAGGAUACCAUUCAGAAUCUAAGGCCAAGGAGUACAAGCAUGUAUGCAAAAGAGCCUGCCAGCGAGCUGUUGACCAGCUCAAAGCUGGGGCACUUGCCGUGGAGGCAGUGGCUGCAGCACUAGUUGAACUUGAGGACUCUCCUUUCACAAAUGCUGGCAUGGGCUCCAACCUUAAUUUGUCAGGGGAAAUUGAGUGUGAUGCAAGUAUCAUGGAUGGAAAGUCUCUGCAUUUUGGCGCCGUAGGAGCUCUUAGUGGUAUAAGGAACCCAGUAAUGGUUGCAAACCGUCUGCUGAGUGAAGCACAGAAAGGGAAACUUUCAGCUGGCAGAAUACCACCCUGCUUUUUAGUGGGGCGGGGAGCACAUGAUUGGGCUGUCAGCCAUGGAAUACCGCCAUGCCCUUCAGAUAAAAUGGCCACCAAGUUCAGUUUAUCUGCAUACAAGAGGAACAAGCGAAAGAUGGAGCUGGCAGAGAAAAUGGACACAGGACAUAAUCAGACAAAGAAAAGACGACAAUCAAGUGAAAACGGAAAUGGCUCAGGGUGCCUCGACACAGUUGGAGCUGUUGUUGUGGACCUGGAGGGGAAUGUAGCUGCAGCAGUGUCCAGUGGAGGUUUGGCUAUGAAACAUCCCGGCAGGGUUGGCCAGGCUGCUCACUAUGGAUGUGGCUGCUGGGCUGAAAAUGCCUGUCAUAUGAACUCUUACUCUACAGCAGUGAGUACCUCAGGCUGCGGGGAGCAUCUGAUUCGCACCAUGCUGGCACGGGAAUGCUCUGCUGCCAUGCAGUCUGAAGAUGCCCACCAAGCCCUGCUGGAGGCUAUGCAAAACAAGUUCAUCAGUUCACCCAUUCUGGCCAGUGAAGAUCGUGUUUUGGGGGGAGUAAUUGUCUUGCGAUGUUGCAGAUGUGUGGAGGCUCAGCCGUCUCAAAAUUUUCAGGGUAUACUGGUGGAGUUCCUGUGGAGUCACACCACAGAGAGCAUGUGUGUUGGCUACAUGUCUGCUCAAGAUAGCAAAGCAAAGACACACAUAUCCAGAUUGCCACCUGGGACAGUUCCUGGACAGUCUUUGGCCAUCGAGGGAGGGGUGUGUCGGCUGACGGGUGUAGUGGAGUGAAGCGUGUUUUCCUUCCUUCUGGGCUUCUUCAGCAAUACUCCAAUAUAAACUCUUCCAUCCACCCUCAAAUACACACACACGCACACACACACACACACACACCACCCUCACCUCCCCAUGGCCUUUGUGAUGCCAGAAGUAAUAAGGUUUCGCUGUUUAAACAGGUGUCCAGGAAGGAGGGAGGAGUGUUGGCUUCUACUUAGUGCACUUACAGGACUUCCCUUUGCCACUGUCUGCCUCCAGCAUGUACUCUAUGCCAAUUUAUCCCCGAGCUCUCCAGUGUCACCUGGACUAGACUUGAUGCACCAUUGCCUUGAUGCGCCGUUUUAUGUUCUUUUCUUCGUUACUGUUUUUCAACUAAAAGUGGCUUCUUUCCUUUUGUAUAUAAGCUAUAAUUUUGUUUUGUUUUUUGGCAAAACAGGGUGGAUAUUCAUAUUAUUUUAUAUUACUGAACAGAUGUGACUAUUUUCAAACUUUUAGGAAUUUCAAAUGCAAAACCUUGUUGCGUUUUUCAAAUACUUUUCAAUGUUAAAAAGAUGUCAGAUUGCACCGAGUGGAAGGCCUGCGACUCGAGGUUAUCAGGAAUGAAGAAUUAAAGCUGCAAGGGUUGGACGGUGACACAAAGCCUACUUAGUUUUCCACGUACAACUUCCACACAUACUCGUACACACAUGCUCUUAUUAAUCCUCCAGCGUAUUGUUUAAUGUAGCAUCAUGUGCAUCUUUGAUGAACUUUCUAACCGUUUCAGCCAUAGACUUUGCUUUGCUUUAUUUUUGUUUUUUAAAUGUGAAUACUUAGAUACUGCAUGUGCAAAAUCCACAAUAAGCCACUUUCUUUUCUCUGAUGUGCAGAAAUGCUCAAGAAGCAGGAAGCUAUGCACUUCCAGAGUGAUGCUUAUAUAUACAUAUAUAUCUAUAUAUAGUGCUCAGGCAGCAACAUUUGACCCAAGCGCCAAACAGGACUGUUAGUCAUCAUAUAGAAAUCGCAGUUUAUAUUUGUACAGUCCCAGUGACAGAGACGUGUAUUUUCUUGCUAAAACAAAGUACAGUUAAAAACUAAUGUAUGCAUCAGGCCCAUGAAAUGGUGCUGUCGAGAAUUGUACUUGAAAAGAAUAAUUGUCUGAAUUGAAACUUUUGUUGGGAUAUUUGGUUUCUCUGGUUUUGCUUCUUUUCUUUUUUUCUUUGCUCAGACUUUCAGUCCCAGCGAAACCACGGUAUAGCUUCUUUAUUGUUUACUUGAAAAAAAUGCAACUAAUAUAAAAUGGUAUAAGCUAUGUAAAUCAUACGUGCACCGCUUUCUAAAGUGCUCAGAAGGUAAAAUAAAAUGUAUGUUGCUA